GGUGCAGCUGGUGAGCCAGCAUAUAGACUGUCGCUGCAGACUCGUGAGCAGCACAUUCGGCGUGAUAAAGCAACGUCGAAUAUCUGCACUGCGCAAGCACUACUCGCCAAUAUGGCAGCCAUGUACGCCGUAUAUCAUGGUCCAAAGCGACUUUCUGCCAUUGCGCGAACCGUCCACAAAUCUACCUCAUAUCUAGCGCAGCGUGAAAUCCCGCCUGUUCUGCAAGCAGUUGCAUCCAUCACUUAUUUUUAA